UCCACUUAGUAGCAGCAGAGAGCCUCCCUGGUCACUUAGCUCAAUCACCAUCUCUGUUCAGGAUGGACAAGAUGUACAAGAUGAAGAGCCAUGGAAAGCAGAAGGGGUCAGCAGGAGGGCUGAGCAGGAUGAUGAGGGAGCACAAGGCCAGGCUUUACAUCAUCCGGCGAUGCGUCGUCAUGCUCCUCUGUUGCCAUGACUAGCUCAUCCAUCUCUGUUCUUCUCUGACCCUACCAUAGAUGUUAAUUUCUAGCUAGGCUUGACAAAUUCUUUGUUGUGCGUGUGUGUGUAUGUACAAGGGGUAGUUCAGAAGUUUCAGAUAGAUGUUGCUGACGGUUUUGGCCUCGUGUAGUGGUGCUCCUAAGUCCUGCAAUGGCAAGGAUGUGCAUUUAUGGAUCUGCUGUGUGUUGGCAUUCUUGUUGUGAGUUUGCUCGAUCAGAAAUGAAAGAUUUCGAAAAUAGA